AUGUCCUCUUCUACUGAGGAGCUUUUCUCCAAAAUUGGUGUUCGCGUUCCCUAUACGUUGUUACCAGCUGACGAAGUGGACAAGACCAAAUGGGCUGUCAUUGCUUGUGAUCAGUACACUAGUGAGCCCGACUAUUGGGACCGUGUGGAAAAGUUUGUCGGAAGUGAGCCCAGCACUUUACGUUUGAUGUUUCCCGAGGUCUAUCUUGACAAGGGACGAGAUGAAGAGAUUCUCAAGAGCAUCUCUGACCACAUGGCGAAGUACACUGCGGAAGGUAUACUCGUGAAGCCUGAGAAGCCUGGGAUGGUAUUGCUCUCCCGAACGACCAAGACUGGGGCUACGCGCACUGGUUUAGUGACAGCUCUGGAUCUAGAGAUGUAUGAUUAUUCUGUGGGGAGUCAGAGCAAGAUCCGCCCUACUGAGGCUACUAUAGAGUCGAGGAUUCCCCCUCGUUUAAAUGUACGUCGUAAUGCUCCCGUUGAGUUGCCUCAUAUUAUGGUUCUCAUUGACGAUUCGGAGAAGACCGUUUUGGAGCCACUCCUUGCCAAGAAGAACGAACUCAAGCAGGUGUAUGACUUUGACCUGAUGGAGAAUGGUGGCCAUCUUUCCGGCUGGUGGGUUGACGGUGAGAGCUCGCAAAGUGCCGAGGUUGCUAAGGCUCUCAAUGUGAUUGCUGAGCCUGAGCGUUUCCACAAGCUGUAUGCUGCUCCUGAGGAUAAGGAGCCUCUCAUCUUCGCAGUUGGUGAUGGUAACCACUCCUUGGCUACUGCUAGGGCCUACUGGCAGGAGAUCAAGGCGACUCUGACCGAUCCGAAGGAGAUCGCUACUCACCCCGCGAGAUUUGCCUUAGUUGAGAUUGAGAAUAUACAUGAUGAUGGAUUGGCCUUCGAAGCGAUUCAUAGGCUAAUAUUUGAUGCUCACGGAGGUAGCAGAAAAUUUAUCGCAGAAAUGACGGAGUUUUUGGAGAAGGAAGGCUGUGGCCCAGUGACUGUCGGCGAGAGCGAGGAGGAUUUCAAGAGAGCCGUCCAGGGUGAGGUCUCUGGCCACAGUUUUGGCUAUGAGGUUGAUGGUGUGAAGGGCGGUGUUUUUAUUGCGAAUCCUAAGAAGGUCUUGGAUGUUGCUACUGUGAUGGACUUUGUGGAUCCUUAUAUGGAGAAAAAUGAGGCUAAUGGGACUAAGAUUGAUUACGUGCAUGGUUUGACAGCAAUUGAGAGGUACUGCUCGGCUGGUACGGCCAACGUUGGUAUUGUGCUUCCCGAUAUGCACAAGUCGGAUCUUUUCAAGACUGUUGUUCACGACGGUGCGUUACCUCGGAAGACCUUCAGCAUGGGAGAAGCUGACGAGAAGCGAUUUUAUUACGAGUGCAGGAAGAUCCGCAAGGACUGA